GUGGCCACAAGAAAUUACUGGGGUCUGGUUUAAAACCAGGUAUAUUAUUGAGUUUGGAAUGACACCAAUUUCUACAGUUACUGUAACUCAGCAUCUGGUUCCACCAGUUACACCGUCUCCAGAUAAAUCUCUUAGGUUGUUGGUUUAUAGAUUUCGAUCACCUCGCUUUCCUGUUCUAAUCAACCAUGGACAUACACGCAAACCCCGGAUAUCAAGUCCUCUCAUCCGUUGACUCCGAUCUGAAAAUUCGUGAUUACAAAAAACAGAAACACCACAGGAAAUCCAGAUCUGGCUGUCUUCCCUGCAAAGAAAAAAAGGUCAAGUGUGACGAGUGCAAGCCAAUGUGCGUACGAUGUCGACGAAACAGGAGAACUUGUGCAUAUGACAGGCCUCAUGAAGGGGAGCAUGAAUACAACAUUAUGGGGGACGUUGCGAUUACAAAGCUCUCUACAGUCAACUCAAUCACUGCUCUAUACCCCAAUUCGAAAAAUGGAACUCCUGGUAUUCAACUCCUGCAUCAUUUCUGUACAAACUGGGAUGCCAUAUUCCGCAUGCCGGGUCGUGACGAGCUGGUCUCGCUCUCACAAUCAAACUCUCUUAUCCGCAACACAUUACUUGCCAUUUCUGCGUGCCACUUGCGGCAUAUGUCUCCAGGGAUAUUACAGCAUCGUAUCGCAGAACAUUUCUAUCAAGCCCUUGCCAUCCAGGACUUUCAAUCCGCCCUUGGAACACCCAGCAAGUCACUGGGCCAGCAAGGAGUGAAUGCACUGCUAUUGGCUGCGCUGUUACUAAACAUGAUCGCUUUUACACUUCCACACCGAGACAAGAGCGUCGAAGAUGAUCCAAAAUCAUCCUGGGUCUUCACCUUCGGAGAAGACCGAUUGGGAUGGCUAGCCCUGCAGGCGGGUCUCAGACCUCUCUUGAUCUCACUGUCAGCGUAUCUGGACAAGACGGUAGCCUUUCUAGAUCCCAUCAUGUUUGGCCACGGAAAAGCCGGCUGGAGAGAAAUCCGAAAAUUUCAAAGCUUGGGUAUUGUUCCUGAGAGUUGGAUCAGAGCAUUCCAAUUGAAGAAUGACAGCUUCAGGUGUGAAUCCAAUGAUGCCGACCAGAAUGAUAUUUUUGGGCCAGCCACGAUCGCGCUUGCCUAUCUACGGAGCGUCCAUCCUCCACAAUCGACGAUACUCCUCAAUUGGGUGUUUCUCACGAAGAUACAUGGAGAUUUGAAAGCUCUCCUCUACAGCAGGGACGAAAGGGCGUUGUGGCUGCUUGGGUACUGGCUGGGGUUGAUGUGUCGAUACGAAGGAAUCUGGUGGUGUGAACAGCGUGUGAGGAGGGACUACGAGGCGGUGCGCAUGCGGCUUUAUGAACUGCACCUCGGCGAACGUGCCGGCGUUGAUGGGCUUUAUUGGAAGGACAUGAUGCAUGAGUUGGAACAUGUGCCUGUACUUACGCGGGGAGGAAGUUAGCGUUCGCGGG